AUGCCCAAAAGUGAUCUCGGUGAUGUUUGUGGACGCUAUUUAUCUUCGCGUCUGUCAAAACAAACAGAUUCAUCAUUAUCAAAUGGUCAACAAUCAAUAGAGCAACAUUUAUUAAAUCAUCAAUAUAUUGCUACUGAACAUAAACGACAUACAAUAUUAACACAAAAACUUUUCUUUAAAUCAUAUAAAAAAAAUCCAUUAGAUACAUUACGUCAACAUUAUACAAUUGUUCAUAAAAAUAAUAAUAAUAAUAAUAAUAACAAUAAUAAUAGUGAAAAUAUAAAUAAUAUAAUCAUGCCGGCUAAUAAUGAUGUUUUAUUAACUGCAUUCAAUAAUAAUACAACGAAUGGUACAACUAAUGGUACAAAUUCAAAUCAUCAAUAUUGUUCAACAUAUAUUUCAUGUAGUAAUAGUAAUCAUUCAUCAUCUCCACCUUCUGAAACAUCUUCAUCUUCAUCGUCAUCAUCGUCGUCAUCAUCAUCAUCAUCGUCAACAUCAAAUAGUACUUCAUCAUUAAUGAUGAAUUGGGAAUUAUUAAAAGAUCGUGGUUCUGGUUUAGUUAAUCUUGGUAAUACAUG